CCAGUAGCCACUAGCCAGUCAAUUAAAAAGUUGACCGAUGACAUUUGAAGUUGAAUUCGAAUAGAAAAGACAUUUUUGUAAACUACAGUAUUGUUAGUGAUUUCAAUAUGUUUUUAUCACAUUUAUAAGUAUUUAGAUGGUGUCAGAUUCAUAAAGGUCAUCUCAGCAACUCUAGUAAUGAUAUUAGCUGAAUCCUUGUUGUUUUCUCUGGCUUUGAUUCUUUGCUGUGCAACAUUGUUCCUAUUAAUUUACUACAUUAUCACAUUAUCUGAUCUUGAAUGCGACUAUUUAAACGCACAGGAGUGCUGUGACAAACUUAACUACUGGUUACUACCGAAGUAUAUUGCGCAUUCGUUUACUACCUUUACAUUUUUGUUCCAUGGUUACAUAUUGCUUUUCUUGUUGAACCUGCCUAUGUUUAUUUGGUCCAGCUUUGAAUAUUUUACAGUACCACGAGGUAACCUAGGCGUUUAUGAUCCCACUGAAAUCAAUAACCGAGGUCAAUUGAAGAAGCACCUCAAACAUGUUAUGAUUUACAUUGCAUACUAUUUAGUAUUUUUCUUCAUUUAUCUAUACUCAUUUAUAUUGGCGAUAUUGAAAGGUGAUCCUUUCAAUAACGGGAGUGAUGACGAUAUUGUGACUGAAAUUUAACAAAGCCAUUAUGUCAGACG